UUCAUCAGCCCGAGCUCAGUGACCACCAAGCAGAGAGCAAGCCAGUGGGUGUUCCGACUAGAGCAUAGCCAGCCAGCCACAAUGGCGGGGAACCUCCUAGCUAACUAUGUCCAGGUCUACGUCAUGCUCCCGCUGGAUAUCAUCACCGUCGACAACACGUUCGAGAAGGCCGACGAGACGAGGGCGCAGCUGAAGAAGCUGACGGAGGCGGGCGUCGACGGGGUCAUGAUCGACGUCUGGUGGGGGCUGGUGGAACGGAAGGCGCCCGGGGUCUACGACUGGAGCGCCUACAAGCAGGUGUUCAAACUGGUGCAGGAGGCCGGGCUGAAGCUGCAGGCCAUCAUGUCGUGCCACCAGUGCGGCGGCAACGUCGGUGACGUCGUCAACAUCCCGAUCCCGCAGUGGGUGCGGGACAUCGGGGAGGCCAACCCCGACAUCUUCUACACCAACCGGAGGGGGACGAGGAACAUUGAGUAUCUCACUCUUGGAGUGGACGAUCAGCCUAUCUUCCAGGGGAGAACUGCAAUUCAGUUGUAUGCUGAUUACAUGAAGAGCUUCAGGGAGAACAUGGCAGAGUUCCUGGAUGCUGGUGUCAUCGUGGACAUUGAGGUCGGACUUGGCCCUGCUGGAGAGAUGAGGUACCCCUCCUAUCCACAGAGCCAGGGAUGGGUGUUCCCAGGAAUCGGAGAGUUCAUAUGCUAUGAUAAGUACCUGGAAGCAGACUUCAAAGCAGCAGCAGCAGAGGCUGGGCAUCCUGAGUGGGAAUUGCCAGAUGAUGCUGGGGAGUACAAUGACACUCCCGAGAACACCCAGUUCUUUGCAGAAAAUGGAACAUACCAGACUGAGAAGGGAAAGUUCUUCCUCACAUGGUACUCCAACAAACUGAUCAAGCACGGUGACAAUAUCUUGGAUGAAGCAAACAAGGUCUUCCUGGGAUGCACAGUGCAGCUGGCAAUCAAAAUCUCUGGCAUACACUGGUGGUAUAGAGUUCCCAAUCACGCAGCUGAGCUCACUGCCGGAUACUACAACUUAGAUGACAGAGAUGGCUACAGAACCAUAGCACACAUGCUCACAAGGCACUAUGCUUGCAUGAACUUCACUUGUGCAGAGAUGAGGGACAAUGAGCAGAGCUCAGAGGCAAAGAGCGCACCUGAGGAACUGGUUCAGCAGGUGCUGAGUGCUGGGUGGAGAGAGGGCCGAAAUGUUGCGUGUGAAAAUGCACUUGGUCGGUAUGAUGCAACAGCUUACAACACCAUCCUCAGGAAUGCAAGGCCGCAAGGCAUCAACAAGAAUGGCCCUCCUGAGCACAAGCUGUAUGGGUUCACCUACCUCCGAGUAUCAGAUGAGCUGCUGCAGGGACAAAACUACACCACUUUCAAAACUUUUGUCAGUAGAAUGCAUGCUAACCUGGAUUAUAACCCACAGGUUGAUCCAGUUCCACCUUUGAAAAGAUCAAAACCAGAGAUACCAAUUGAAGAAAUCCUAGAAGUAGCACAGCCAAGAUUGGAGCCAUUUCCCUUCAACAAGAACACGGACCUACCCGUUUAAACAUCCUAUGGUACAAUAUACAGGAAGGACGUCUUCUCCCAGGCGGCGCACGCCGAGGCCGUCAAGACCAUCAAGAUCGGCCCCCCGCCGCCGCCCUCCGCCGGGACCUUGAACUCUGACCAGGCCAGGGACUUCGACCUCGCCUUGAAGGAGCGGUUCUACCUGCAGCCGCUGCCGCCGGCGGAAGCCGCGGCGAGGGCCAAGUCGUCGGCCCAGGACAUCCUCAACCUCAAGCCGCUCAUCGACAAGAAGGCGUGGCCGUACGUCAUGAACGACCUCCGCCUCCGAGCCUCCUACCUGCGCUACGACCUCAACACCGUCAUCGCCUCCAAACCCAAGGAUGAGAAGAAGAGCCUCAAGGAGCUCACCGGCAAGCUCUUCAGCACCAUCGACGAUCUUGACCAUGCGGCAAAGAUCAAGAGCACCCCGGAGGCUGAGAAAUCCUUCGCGGCGACCAAAUCCGCGCUCGAUGAUGUUUUCGCCAAGCUAGGCUAGAUGGAAUAUGAUGGGCUGAUGGCCAUGUAAUUUCAGACUUUUGUGUUUGUUCAUAUGGAGCCGGCAAUGUACCAUUUCCUGUUGAUAUUUAUCAACAUGCACUUAACUAUGAUGCUAUCCUGAGUCCUUGACCGUA